AUGGCCGGGGGUCUCCCGCGGCGCGGCCUCUGGCUACUCCUGGUGCAUCUUCUCGUGGUGGCCACGGCCUGCCAGGACGCCAACUAUGGUCCCUUCAUCCGGGAGAUGUGUCUCGAGCGGUUCCAGCUGGACAUGGAAGCCCUGGGGAGGACUCUUUGGUGCGACUGGGGCAAAACCAUCGAGACCUACAGUGAACUCACCAACUGCACCGAGCAAGUGGCCAACUUGCUCAAGUGCUUCUGGCCAAACGCCGAGGUGAACCGCUUCUUUGUCACCAUCCACCAGCGUUACUUCAGCAGCUGCCCUGUGUCCGGGCGGGCUGUGCAGGACCCGCCCAACAGCAUCCUCUAUCCCUUCAUCGUGGUACCCAUCCUGGUGACCCUGCUGGUGACCAUGCUGGUGGUGUGGCAAAACAAACACCGGGAAGGCAUUGUGUAG